CAAUGAGGGUCGCUUCUUCAAACGUCGCGACAGAAAGUGUGAUAGAUUGUAAUGGCCCGGUGAGGUGCCUGUUGUCCGUGAAUGAAUUCAGACGUUUACAGUAUUAAUCGACCACAAAAUGAUUCUCACAGUAAAGCCACUCCAAGGAAAGGAAUGCAGUGUCCAGGUCACAGAAGAUGAAAAAGUGUCAACAGUGAAAGAACUGGUCUCAGAGCGCCUUAACAUUCCUCCAAAUCAACAGCGAUUGCUCUAUAAAGGGAAAGCCCUUGCAGAUGAGCACCGAUUAAGUGACUACUCUAUUGGGCCAGAGGCUAAACUAAACCUAGUAAUCCGUCCUGCUGGAGAGAGGACCCCUGUGGGGGAACCUGCCCCUCUCAUGGGCAGCCAUGGGGUCUGGCAGUCUGUAGCUGUUGUGCUGGCCAAACACUUCAGUCCUGCAGAUGCUGCUAAGGUGCAGGAACAAUUGAUAAAGGACUAUGAGCGCUCGAUAAGACAGCUCAGUCUGGAUGACAUUGAGCGCUUGGCCAUUCGCAUGUUACAUCCAGAGGCAGAGGGUCUGGACCCCUCCUUCAUGGACUGAUUAGAGGGUGGGUGGGGAUACAAGCAACUCCUCCAGGACUAACCACCAACCAGGGCAAGGGCAAGGGCAAGGGCAAGGGCAAGGGCAAGGGCAAGGGCAAGGGGGGGGGAUUUUAAGUUGGACUUUUGGGAGCAAGACAUCCCACGCUGUGGAUGAAGGCGCAUGCCGCAAAGGUAUCUUGGUGGCCUUGCGAUUUAAAGUAAAGGCUCAUAACCUCUGUAUUUAUUCAUGUGUUAUGUUUUUUUUUUUUUUUACUACAAUCGUAAUAAGUGAUUUUGGAGCAUUUUGCCAGGAUGUUAUCAGCAUAAUUUAUUUGAUUGUUUUUUUCUCUGUAAAACCACAUACACAUACUGUUGAGAUUAACAAUGACGAUUAGUUAUGAAUAAGUGGAACGCCUUGGGUUUUAAGUAUGACUGCAGUUGUUAUUUGUAAAUACUGUGUUACAUGAAUAAGGAAUAAAAAAAAAAGAGAGA